AUGGCUAACAUGCAAAUGCCUCGCCCCAGGCGCCCAUCAUCUUCCUCGAGACAGAUGUCCUCUGAGAAAUCCAUAACUUCAAAUGGGGAGUUUUCUGAAGCCAUUAAACUUCAGACGCGAGCUGCUUGUGGAGACAGCUGCUGGGUUUGCGAAUCAGUACCAACUGAUAUCUGCCAUGUUUUUGAUAGGAAGGACAGAUACCUCGAGCCGUAUAUGCGUGAGCAUGGAUUGUUGAAUUUCUCUUUGGUCUCCUCUAGCAAUGCCAUUCCACUGUGCGCCCUUUGCCAUCAGAACUUCGAUUUUACGAGCGACCCUGGGUUCACGUUCAUACCUUCCGAUCUCUCGUUCUUCAUUGAGUUCGAAAUCGCCGACUACAACAGACGACUGAGAGAUGCCGUGGCCGGUCUACGGACCCCCCGGACGUGCCCAACUGCGGAAAUGUAUCGGAUCCACCAGCAAAGCCUCUUACCCACAGAUGCCAUAGGCGGCCUAUAUCGCUGCAUAAUGUUGAGAGCAUAUCAGCCACAUUUGCCAAGCACGGUAACUGACCCUCUGCGGUCAUGGCACGGGGCGCCGAUGGCGGCGCUGAGACGCGGCAUUCUAGCAUUGGGAACAAUGCGGAUACACCGCUUUCCUGGAGAUACUGUAGCUCAGCUCCAAAAGCUACAGUAUUUAUACUCGCGUGCAAACCCAGAGCCAAGCCAAGACUAUAGUGACAGCCCUUCCAGAACAGCCCUAAAACACCAGUCUGACCCUGCUGACUCCCUCACGCUCCCCCCGAAGUUUCCUCGUCUUGGAGCAAGCGUCCCAGAGCCGCCAUCGAAUAUCGAUGAGUCGAGUUGGGUCCUCGGACCCCAGAGUUCAGCACAAGAUGCCGUUCAGAGGUUUCACUCUGUGUUAAUCAAUUCCCCCUCGUAUUAUCUUUAG